AUGCUCGUCGUGCUGGCGCCCGUCUUCGUCGCUCAGCUGGUCACCUUCAAGUGCGACAUUGCCGAUAGCGCCAAGUGCUUGCAGGCGUCCCCACUACUCCUGCUCGGCAACGAGACCAACGGCGCCGACGCCACAGUGUGGCCUCAUGGCUCGGAACUCUUGGGCGACCUGUCUCCUUCACCUCCUCCCCCGCCGCCCUCGCAGCCAGACGAGAGCGAGCCUUCUUCGGCGUCAGAAUUCUUGGCAGACUCGCCACCGUUGCCGCCGCCGCCGAUGCCACCCGCACUGCCUGACGAGAGCGAGCCCCCUUUGGAGCCGCCUCCUGCAGAGUGCAAUGACAGCAACCCGGCGUGCAAGAUCUGGGCCGCAAAGGGAGAGUGCGCGAAAAACCCAUUCUUCAUGCGGAAGAACUGCUGCUGGAGCUGCCGACCGCAGUCUGGAGCCGUGCUUCAGUCGGAUGGCGCGAACGAGCAGCAUCCUGGCAAGCAGUCAGAGGGCAGGCCGCCAGAGGUGCCCGUGGCCUUCCAGUGCGAGGACAGGCGCGAGGACUGCAGCGACCGCGCAGAGAGGGGCGAGUGCAAGAGCGACGCCUCCGUCUUGAGCGACUGUUGCCAGUCUUGCGACGCGGUCGCAAGCCGCAUUUCAAAGCUCGCGUGCGUCGACACCUUUGCCGAUUGCCAGGCUUGGGCGCGGACGGGAGAAUGCGAGCGGAACCCGGGGCUGAUGCGCGAGCGCUGCUGCAACGCCUGUAGCGACAUUGACCGCUUUGGCAAGGACACCUGCCCUGCCGAGGCCGACUCAGCCGCCUGCGAGGUGCGCGUCAAACAGGGGCAGUGCAUCUCCAACCCGCGCGCGAUUGCGGACGAGUGCUGCCGCUCGUGCCUCGACUGGCAGGACGGGACGAUGCACUGCGCCGAUACGGCACCCACCCAGUGCGGCCGGUGGGCUGCUGAGGGCGAGUGCCAUGCCAACCCGGGCUUCAUGACGCAGAGCUGCUGCGGCACGUGCACGCACCCGUGCUGCGCCGAUCCGAAUUGCGUGCCGCCGCCGCCGUGA